AUGUGUCCACAUGGGCUGCGGUGUCUCGCACAAUGCUGGUUGGAGUGGAGUUUUUUUUGUUUGUCCUUCUUUUUUGGGGCGGAACAAAAAAAACAAACCGUGCCAGUGGGGAUGGGGAUUGGUCAAACGAUGCCCAGCAGAGCAACCGCAGGAGCGAUGCUCGCCGCCGAAGCAGCAGCGCUGCUGCGGGCGUCGGCAGAGGGCCUCGUCGGAGAGCUCCGGGGCGUCCACGCCGCCGGGCUCCGCUGCCUCCUGCUCGUGGAGGUCUACCUCGCGGGCGCGAUGCUGGCGUUCGCGACCGCGGCCGCCCUGGGACCCUCCCCAGUCGAGGUGGCGUGCGAGAGGGGCCAGCCCUGCGACUCCUCCAUGCAUGUCGACGUGCGCCUGGUGUGCUUCUUGCUCAUGUUCUUGGCGGGGGCCGUACUGAACUGCAAGGCGUUUCUUGGCGUGCCGCUUUUGUGA